UUGCAACCCGUACUACGAAACAGAAACUAAGAUAUUUACAACUAAUCCGCGCAGUUUCGAUAUUUCGGGAAAAAUCAAAAUUAGAAUUGAAAUCGCAACAAAAGUUAACUCAUCGUCUGCCUUCGAGCGACGUAGAAGAUGAAUCCUAAACCCAAAGAACUCACUUUUUCUGAACAGUUGGUUGGCCCCGGAGUUUUUCAAGUCCGCAUGAACGUGGAUGGAAAGGACGUAGAUGUGAAGCGAAUUGACGAGAACCGAAAAGGCGACAAUGGACUUUCCGAAAUCGAUAGCCGAAAGAUUUUUGUGGGUGGCCUUCCGGACACGUGUGACGGACCAACGUUGCGAGGUACUUUGUGCUUGUUCUCACCCGCAAACCAGAUGUUGACAUUGGGAAAUCUAUUUGAUGUUUCUUUCACUUCAAAUAAAUAGUUCUUCUUCUUCAGUGUCAAAACCAGUGCGCUGCCUGACCCGUCACGCAGCGAGCGCCUUUGGUCCUCGCUGAACUUUCGGGAUCAUCAGCAUCAUCAUCAUCAUGACCAUACAAUAAUAUCCUUUUGCACUCCAACAAUUCUUUCAGAGUACUUCGUCAAAUUUGACCCGCAAGUGCAGGAAGCACGGGUGCAGACGGAUCCGGUUUCCGGGCGAAGUCGGUGUUUCGGGUACGUGACAUUCUCGGACAAGAACGUCGUGCAGCAAGUCAUCCAGAUGCGGGACCAGCACUACAUUGGCACGAAGUGGAUUGAUAUCAAAUGCAAAAAUAUGUUUGGGUCUGGAAGCGUGGGAACUUGUCAUGCAGAUUUUCCAUGACCUCCGAUGAGGUCAAGGUCUGGAAUGCAGGACCUGGCAUGACAGAAGAUUCUCUGAGAUCUAUAUCAUGCCGGUCCUGCAUGAGAAACUCGCUCUCUACUUGGUCAAAAGUGGACAACUGUUGGCAGUCAUGCAACACACAUUUUUCCAGGGUGUAGGCUUAGCAUCACAAGUUACUGCCUUCCAGAUGACCCAGACAUAUUUGCAAUGCAUAAUCGAUGUGAAGGCGAUCGAACCGAAGGGCGCGGCAGGGGGGAAAGGCAAGGGCGGCAAGGGGUUUGGCAAAGGCGGAAAGGGUGGAGGAAAGCAGAAAGGCGGCAAAAACUACAACCAAUUCGGCGGCAAGCAGCAGGGCUACGGACAGCCACAAUAUGGAGCCCCGCAGCAGGGAUACGGUACUUCUACUUUUGCCCGAUUUUUCGUUGUAGUCCCUCAUCUCUACUUCUCACGCAUAAGUAAAAAUCUCCCCGUACUAGAUGAUGGCUAGCUCUUGUGAUAAGCGGAUAUUUGUUCAGAGACGAAGCGGAUAUUUGUUCAGAGACGAAGACGCCGGAUGCAAUUCACACGGGAAGAUGAUCGCAGCAGGCACGAUCACGAUGGAUGAUCGUCGUUCUUUCACUGGAACAGCCAUGGUCAAUUCGUGCACAGCAUUGUAUCAUUUUUUCAUCUCUGCAGGUGCUCCGCCGGCGCAGAACUACGGUGCGCCCGCAUACCAGCAGCAGGCCUACGGGCAGCCGCCACCGGCGUACCAGCAGCCCGCGUACGGCCAACCACCAGCGUAUGGCGCCCCGCCGGGUGGCUACCAGCAACCGCCGAUGCAGCAACCGUACCAAGGAUCUCCCGGUCAGUACCAACAGCCCGGAGCCGCGCCACCAGCACAAGGUACAUUGUUCAUUCGGACUAUAAAUAAGUAGUUCAUCUUGCUUGUGAUUCUUCAUUCGAAUGCGCGAGGCUUAUCCUGGUAUUCCAAUGAGUCUAUCAGUAUCAUACAAAACCUUACAGGAUAUGCACCGCAAUACGCAGCAGCACCACCCCAAGGCCAGUACUACGACCAGUCGCGUCCGGCUCCCUACUGAUUCAGGAUAUUUGGCGGCAUCUCACUUAGUAGUAGUACGCAAACACCAGCGAUCCAAAACAAAACCUAUUUUUAAUUCUAUGUAACAACACCCACCUGGCGAGCUUUCUAUUUUUCAGCUUUUGAGAACUGUAGUUUUAAUAGAUCAUACUAGCACCCAGAAAUCCAAGAUUUGUGCUAGUCGAGGAUUUUUGCGGGGCUGGUCAGUAAACUCUAUACACGACAAGGAGUUUACUGCUUGUAUUCUUCGACAUGUACCACGCGCGAGAUUAGAUAACCAAAGAAUCUGAGGCCAAGGAACAACAUCUCAAGAACAUAGGCUUUUUGAACACGUAGCGGAACUAAUGGCCCCUGCCAAGAUUGAUCCGUCUUGAUUAUCAGUUUUCGGCACUGAGUUACAACUUUGUCGUCUCUCUGGUGCACUCAGAUAGGCGUACCGUUUACAAAAAUUUCAACCUCCACAUUUGGAAUUGGAAGCUCAUGCCGUUCGCAGCAGCACAGCAUAACGUCGAAAAUUGCACGACAGAUCACAGACGGUAGAAAGAGGCUUUUUCUCCGAUUUUCGUCUUCGUGGAGCGGAAAUUAGCACGGUGCAUUGAUGCAUGCAUUGCUUUUGCUACGGUUGUAUAUUGACGGAUGACACACCAAAGAGAAAGAUGCAGUAUGCGCAACGAAGGAUUUGACGACCACGCCACUUUUGUAUGCUGUACUUGUAUUUCCACUUUCCCUAACAGAAUUGUCAUUCCCUUUCCUCGCGCAUAGCGACGGAAGAAUUUUAUAUGCGAAUUUCUUGUCGUUUCACCCAAAAUCAAAAAUAGAAGACCAAAAAGUAGAUCGGAUACUGAGGUUUCGG